AUGGCCACUCACGUUGUUACUACCACCAGUGUUUCUCCUGUCCCUUCCAAUCAAAUCUCCCUCUACGGUCAUCCUUCUCCCGUCAAUUCGGCCACUACCAGUCCUGCCAACAAUUCCCCUACUUCUUCUCAACCCCAGAAUCUUCCCUUGCAGAGCCGUCAGUUGCGCCCUCUCAAGGGUCCUCUGUACGUUCCAGCGGCGUUGCGGCCCACCGAACGUCCCCAGAGGUCCUCUCCUCCCACUCCCCCGCGCAGUGUGCAUGGGUCUUUGGACAGCCUGAACGACGAAGAACCUAUGGAACCGGUGUCCCGUCGCUCCACCUUGGAGAGCAACUUCAGCAACAGCAUCAGCAAGAUGGCUGAGGAUGAAUGGAUGAAGAACGAGUCCCUCGGCGAAGUGACUGGGCUGCCCACAAGAGAGCACUGGAAGGCGGACGCUGCAUCUCCCAACUGUGAUUCUCCCACCUGCCGCUCUUCUUUCGGCCUCUUUCUCCGCCGUCAUCACUGCCGCCAUUGUGGUCAUGUCUUCUGCUCGUCUCACACCCCCCAUAUGGUGCCUCUGGACCAGGCCGCUCGCUUCCAUCCUGACGGUGUCCCCUCGCGUGCCUGCGAUCUCUGCUGGAGCGCCUAUCAACGCUGGGAGGAGUCUCGCUCCGAGCGCCUGAACAAGAUCCAGAGCGUCCUCAAUGCUCAGCAAGACACCCCUGCUUCCACUGACAAUGUCACCAUCGCCGCCACCGCUAACUCCAUCCCGACGCCUGAGACCUUCGAUUCUUCCCAGCAAGAGGAUGUUGUGAAUGGCCCACUCAAUCCCCUCCGUACCCACAGCACCGAGAUUGCUGCAAGCGUCCCCCGGGGCUGGAACUGGAGCACAUUUUAA